AUAAAGAAAGGGGUAGAAAGGUAAAUAUGGAAAGGCGGUGAUGGUAUUUUAGGAAUAAAAAAUAAAAAUUACGAGAAGAGGAAUGAUAUUUUUGUUUUAAAAGACUUGGGGACCAAGUUUCAUUUCAAGAAAGGGGUAAAAGAACGACGAUAUUAUGGGGUCGUGUGAGUUUCCACGAAAUCUCCAAGUUUAUCGUUCUACAAGACGAAAUUACCCUUCAAGGAUUGGUGAAUUUUCGGGUGUGUCAUUGGUGACGUGGAGGAAUAUACCUGUGAAGUUGUCUGUUUCGUUAUCUUUAACAGUUUUAUCAGUGGAAACGCCUCCUCAAGGAUAUAGAAAGAAUGUUGGGAUUUGUUUGGUUAAUCCCUCGAAAAAGAUCUUUGCUGCUUCAAGGAUUCAUAUACCAGAUACAUGGCAAAUGCCUCAGGGUGGUGCUGACGAAGGUGAGGAUCUUAGACAUGCGGCAAUGAGAGAAUUGAGGGAAGAAACAGGUGUUACUUCUGCUGAAUUUCUCGCAGAGGCUCCAUAUUGGAUGACUUAUGACUUCCCAGAUCAAGUUCGCCAGAGACUUAAUAGACGAUGGGGUACUAAUUAUAAAGGUCAAGCACAGAAGUGGUUUCUUUUGAAGUUUACUGGUAAGGAGGAAGAGAUCAACCUUUUGGGAGAUGGAUCUGAAAAGCCAGAAUUCAAGAAUUGGUCGUGGAUGUUACCUGAAAGGGUGGUGGAGCUUGCCGUGGAUUUCAAGAAGCCUGUCUACGAACAGGUUAUGAAGUUAUUUAGUCCUUAUCUCCAGGCAGAUGCAGAUGAAGGAAAUUAUUCGGCAGAAAACGAAACUAAUGCCAAGGCUUGUACACCAGGAAUGAUGAAGUGCCAGUAUAACUUGAUGCCAAUGCCUUUCCAGCUGCGGUUGGUGGGGAGAAUGCUAAUUGAGAUGGUUCAAGGGUAGAAUCCAUGCAAAAAUUUAUCCUGCAUGCCAGAUUCCAAAGAAAACACGAGCGAACUGAUUCAACUUGAACUAAAUUGCAAGAGUAAAGCAACUAAAAUAGUUUUAUGCUUCAGCUUAUUAAGAUAAAUGUACCAAAAUAUCCGCCUUAUUAGGUAGAAUGCCUUCCGCCCUGGGUUAUCAACCUACCCUUACUACCAAAAUGGGUUUACAAAAGAAGAGUAAAAAAACUUAUAUUCAAGCA